GCUGCAAUGCAUUCUCACUCGGAGAUUGAACAUGACAGUGAUGAGGCCUCGUUGCGCGGCGCGUGGUGCUCGAUACCGAGCAUUUCUCGCUGUUCUUGCUCCUGUAAUAUAUUUCCAAGCGUCUGACGCAGUGGGCAGCGAGAAGAGCUUUCUGAAAAUCCAGCUUCACAAGCAGCGGCAGCCGAGUUCCGAGUUGUCCCACAGAUUGGCACACCAGCAAGCUCGAGCUCACAGACGAGCGCAGGAGGAGGUUACCAGUGGCGAAGGGAACUCUACACAGGGGACGCUGGCAUUGAGUGAAGCCCCGUUGGGUGUGGGCUACGGGUACGUGUAUUAUGCAAUGAUGUAAUGUUUUUAUUUGGAAGUUGAUGGUUAUGGUGCUUAUGCUUUGCAGCACACACUACGCUGAGAUCCACUUGGGGAUCCCUGCGCAACGUGCGUCGGUGAUCGUAGACACUGGCAGCCACUUGACGGCUUUACCGUGUAGCACGUGUAAUGGCUGUGGAACACAUACCGACCCCCUCUUUGACGUGUCCAAGUCCACAACAGCAAAAUAUUUAGGUUGCCAUGAUUUCGACUCAUGCCGUUCGUGUGAAAACGAUCGCUGCAUGAUCUCUCAGGUAUCGAUACUGUGUACUUGCAGUUUUGGCAUUGUUUUUGAUAUGUAUCCAAUGUUCCAUUGUUCAGAGCUACAUGGAAGGCAGCAUGUGGCAAGCUGUAAUGAUAGACGAGCUGGUGUGGGUGGGAGGCUUCUCCACUCCAAGUGACGAGAUGGAGGGGAUUCUGAAGACGUUUGGCUUUCGCUUUCCGGUGGGCUGUCAGACUAAGGAGACUGGUCUCUUCAUUACGCAGAAGGAGAAUGGCAUCAUGGGUCUUGGCCGCCAUCGCUCCACUGUCAUGUCUUAUAUGCUGAAUGCAGGACGUGUGACGCAGAAUCUCUUCACCUUAUGCUUUGCGGGGGAUGGGGGCGAACUUGUGUUUGGAGGAGUCGACUACAGUCACCACACGAGUGAUGUAGGCUACACACCGCUGAUCAACGACAAUUCCGCCUAUUAUCCAGUCCACGUAAAGGACAUUCGGAUGAAUGGUGUGUCGCUGGGUAUUGAUGCUGGUACGAUCAAUUCAGGCAGAGGCGUGAUUGUCGAUAGCGGAACAACGGAUACAUUCUUUGACUCCAAAGGAAGCCGCACUUUUAUGAAAGCGUUCCGGAAUGCAGCAGGACGGGAGUACAGUGAAAAGCGCAUGGAUCUUACUGCCGAUGAGCUAGCAGCUCUCCCGACAAUUUCUAUUAUCCUGUCUGGAAUGAAAGGAGACGGCACUGACGACGUUCAGCUGGAUAUUCCUGCAUCGAGUUACCUUACCCCGUCCGAUAACGCUGAAUCAUACUACGGCAACUUUCACUUCUCGGAGCGUAGCGGUGGAGUUUUGGGAGCAAGUACCAUGAUCGGCUUUGAUGUGAUUUUCGAUACCGAAAACAAGCGCGUGGGCUUCGCUGAGUCUGAUUGCGGGAAAAGCUACGACAAUACUAGCACUCCAAGACCAAUCGCUUCAAAUAGUACCGAACAACCAACCAUCCAGACUGAGACGCCAGUUGCUUCAAAUGCGACGAACCAAACAGCCCCAACUGAAGCACAGAUCACUGAGCAGCCGGUGUCUACUAAUGCUACCUCCACAAGCUCGAGUAGUAAUUCGUCGGUGGAGUCAAACACAACGGCAACAGCGUUGGCGGAUGCAGCAAAUAAUGUCGAUGUAGUUACUGGUUCAUCUACUGGGGCCACAACGAGUCGAGCAAGCCCCAAGUUUGGCGCCUUUAUCGCCGAAGUUAUCCUCAUUUCGCUGGUGGGUGUGGCACUUGCUGUAAUGGUCUGGACCAAGUGGCGCACGCGAUCUUGGUCUCGUAUCCCAGACGCAACUGAGACUUCGCGAGCACACAUGGAGACGGUCGUGGAUAUAGACGACAGUCGAAGUUUGUCACCAACCACUCCGCCAGGAAGUCCGUUAUCUCCUCGGUCUCGAGCAGCUAGGAAAGGCCCGUCACCGAAGUUUACGAUUGGCUCGCCCGUAGAUGAAGAUGCAGACGAGUUCCGCGAAGAAGAUGAAGAUGCUAGUAGUUUCCCGAUCACCGGUCGUUCACAAGGCCCACGUACCAAUCUGUAGACGAAAUCUAUAUAUAAACGCCAAAUUCUGUCUAUAUAUUAACUUCAACAAAAAGCAUAUACUUC